AUGUCGGAGCUUGCGCACAUGAGGAAACUAUACAAUGAUAUUAUUUACUUUGUGCAAAAUCAUGUCAAGCCUGUUACUGUUACCACUACUCCAACUAAUAAUUCUUACCCUUCACCACCUUUAGUUACUGCUGUUAAUUCCAUGCCCAAAAAACCAGAAAAGUAUAAUGGCGCAAAGGAAGCGAGGAGAGAGAAGGAUGACUACAUAGUGUCGCUUGGAAAUUCCGAGGAGCACAGUAAUCUUGUUGCGGAGUCUCUACGAUCCCGUGUCGAAAAUUGGUUGAACCUAUUUCAACAUGUUCUUCAUCCUAAUGAGACUACUAAUUACUAUUUCAAACUUGAAUCUUUAAUUAGUCGUGGGUGUUAUUAUGAUGAUGAGGUUGCUAGGGCUUGGAUCGAGCACGAGUCGUUCGAGGAGGAUUUCGCGGCGACGAAGCCUACUCCAGCUAGCGAGGCAGCUAUUGAGGCCUUGGAGAGGUUGGUUGCCGGAGGAGAUCAAGAGGUUGAUUCUACUACUUGUGCUAUUUGUCUUGAAGAGGGAAGUAUGAUGAUGAGUGUUAAGUUGCCUUGUAAGCAUGUGUUUCAUGAGGGUUGUAUUGUUAAAUGGCUUCAUAAAAGUAAUGAUUGCCUUCUUUGCCGCUAUAAGUUUCCUGUGGCUAAUAUGGAUCAACAAGUUGCAUUUGGAACUUCAUAG